UUUGCUGUUUUUUUGUUUUGCAACAAUUUGCGCUGCUGAUCCUUUGUUCGAGUUAUGGCAUCGGUUUGCAAAACAUGCAGCUCCCCUGUAAAUGGGAUCGAUAGGAUUGCCUGCCGUGGCAACUGCUGUUCAUUGUUCCACCGCACGUGUAUUCCCGGAUUGCAGCGAUCUAUUCUGGACGUGAUGUCAACUUUCAGCAAUAAUAUAUUUUGGCUCUGCGACGAUUGUGCUAACAAUUUUAACGAAUGGUUGCAGCAUCCAGCUACCGCUAGCCCCCCCAUCACCGAUUCAUCGAUGCUGUGUGAAGCUGUCGACAAAUUAAACACGGUCGUCACAGAUUUAUCUUCUCGCAUUGAAAAGCACUUUCCGAUCAGCACUGCAGCUCCGGCUCAAAAAAUUUUCUAUUCUCUGCGACAACCCGGAGAGCAACCGACACCUAAACGGAGUCGUGAAGACAAUGUUAAAUUUCGCCCCGCUGCGGCUGGUGUCUGUGGUACAAGGUUGGUUCAGUGCAAAAUAAAAACCGUUGCUGAUGAACGGCAGCAAUUUUGGCUUUAUUUGAGCCGGCUGGAUCCGAGCCAUACAGUUGAUGAUGUUGUCACUAUGUCGCAAGAAUGUCUCGGCAUCAGUGAAACGCUAAACGUCGUGAGGCUGGUGAAAAAAGAUGCUGAUAUUACAAAGCUGAACUUUGUUUCUUUCCGGGUGGAAGUACCAAAAGCGUUAAGGGAUACUGCUCUACGAGCAUCAACAUGGCCCUCUGGAGUUUUCGUUCGUGAGUUCGAGUUUGACCAAGUACGCCCGGAUAGAUUUCGCCAAUAGCAAAUUGGCCCACUCAAAUGCUGUGAUAUUGUCAUGCGAGAGUCAACCGACUCUCGCACUAGUUAAGUAUCUUCCGUUUCAUGCUCCUGACGAUGAAUACUCAAAUUCAGAUUCGUGUUUUAGUAUACCUGACGCAUUGACAAGUCCGUCGCUCACCGAAUCCAGAACACCUGAUGCAUGCAGAGCAAACUCUUCGAUCCAACUUUACUACCAGAAUGCAUGCGGUAUGAAUUCUAACAUCGAGGACUAUCUACUAGCAUUUUCAGAGGGCUGCUACGAGCUGAUUGCCCUCACGGAAACUUGGCUGGAUGAUCGCACCCAAUCAUCGCAUUUAUUCGGCUCGGAGUAUGAAGGCUUCCGCUGCGACCGUGGCCCCAUUAACAGCCCAAAAAGGACCGGCGGAGGUGUGCUUAUUGCUGUUCAUCGUCGCUAAAAAGCUAACGUGAUCCAUGAGAACUCGUGGAAUAUUCUUGAGCAGGUAUGGGUGUCCGUCCAACUAUCUGGUCGGAAAUUAUUCAUUUGUGCCGUUUAUUUUCCGCCGGAUCGAACACGCGACAAGCAAUUGAUCGAUUUGCAUAUCCUGUCGUUGUUAACGAUAGUCUCCAGAGCCAAACCGUGCGACGAAAUAAUUGUUAUCGGGGACUUUAAUUUACCUAGUCUGUUUUGGCGCCCCUUUCGGGACGGAUUUCUUUAUCCCGACCCGAAUCAGUCAACAUUCCAUGUCUGCGCUCUGGAUCUUUUGGAUGGCUAUAGCGCCGCGGGACUGCAGCAAAUCAACUGUAAUGCAAACGAGAAUGGGCGUUGUCUAGAUCUUUGCUUCGUCAGCAUUAAUGAUACGGCACCGCUGCUAACUCUCGCACCUGAUCCUCUCGUAAAAAACGUUGCUCACCACCCGACACUUGUUUUGUCGCUUGACGAUCGAUUUAAAAUCAAGUAUCGGGAGCCUCCUACUCGGUUAAAUUUUAAUUUUCGGCGUGCCGACUUCGACGGUUUGUUGAACGCGCUGCUAACAGUUGAUUGGAUUAGCAAUCUAAAUCCAACGGAUAUCGAUUCGGCUGUUAACGAUUUUUCUUCCGUUUUAAACGGCCUAAUAGAUGCGUUUGUGCCAAAAACACGAAACCGAUCGCAUAAAUAUUGUCCCUGGCAAUCAGCGGAAUUGCGUCGCUUAAAAACGUUGAAAAAAUCCGCGUUAAGGAGGUUCUCAGGGACUGGCGCUUUAUUUCUUCGCGAUCAUUACCGACAGCUGAACUACGAGUACAAAAGACUUCGUCGACGGUGCUACUCGAACUACAGACGUCAUAUAGAAGGCAAACUGAGAGCAGAUCCGAAGAAAUUCUGGAACUUUGUCAACGAACAACGAAAGGAGUCAGGCUUACCAUCCACGAUGGAAUUGGCUGGUGAGAAAGCAAGUAAUGUUGCCGCUAUUUGCCGAAUGUUCGCUGUUAAAUUUUCAAGCGUAUUCAGCAACGAAACACCAACAGAUGGUGAAAUUUCUGAUGCUGCUAAUAACGUCCCUUUCCCUGGGCACUCCAUGGCUUCGAUCAACAUCGACGAUAAUGCAAUUCUUGCCGCUGCUAGAAAAUUGAAACACACGUACUCUCCGGGCCCGGAUGGAAUCCAAGCUACACUGCUAAAAAAAUGCAUUGCUGGAUUGCUCACACCGCUUACCCACUUAUUUCGUUUGUCGCUGGCUACUGGCAGAUUCCCUACAACCUGGAAACAGGCCUUCCUUUUUCCGGUCCAUAAAAAAGGUGAUCGCUCGAAGAUAGAUAACUAUCGAGGCAUCUCUGCUUUGUGUGCAAUUUCGAAGCUAUUUGAGCUAGUCGUCCUUCAACCAAUUUUCUCACAUUGUCAAAGCACUAUUUCGGACGAUCAACACGGAUUCCUUCCCAAGCGCUCCUGUGCUACAAACCUGCUUUGCUUGACUAACUACGCGUUCGACAGCUUUGUUCACCGACAUCAAACCGACGUUAUCUACACGCCAUGGGAAGCCCCCUCUCUCCUAUUCUGGCUGAUAUCGUUAUGGAAAACUUGUUAACCAAAGCGAUAACACAAGCCCAUGUUCCAGUGCAGUUCAUACGAAAGUAUGUAGACGACCUUUUUCUCGUCCUGCACAAAGAUCAGGUAGACCAUACUCUUGCCAUAUUCAAUGAACAAAACCCCAACAUUAAGUUCACGUGUGAAACGGAGGAUCGAGGAAGGUUACCGUUCUUAGAUCUGCUUGUAGUAAGGCACGACGACGGCAGCAUAAAAACCGAUUGGUAUGUUAAACCAAUAUCAUCAGGUAGAAUACUAAACUACCACUCCUUCCACUCUACCGACCAAAAGCUGGCUGUAGUACGUAAUUUCAUUGACCGUGUCCGUGGGCUAAGUACCAUCAAAACUGACGAAGAGAAGAACCAGGUCAUCUACAGUCAGCUCCGUAAAAAUGACUAUCCGCAUAAACUAAUUAGCAGACUGCUGAUACAGCCAGCGAGGGAUGACAGAGUAGAAAAACCAUCCAGCUUCAAAUCUAUUCCGUUCAUCCAUGGCCUCUCUACCACCAUCAAAAAGAUUCUCCAAAACAGCGACCCAACUACGAGCAUCUCUUUCAGUAACCAAAACACUGUGGGGCACUUAUAUCACACAGCUAAAGACCCUGUACCGUACAAAAACAAAAGUAACGUUGUAUAUCAGAUUGCUUGCCGAGACUGCCACGGCAAGUACAUUGGUAUGACGUCGAACAAACUUCGUUGUCGUAUGUACGGACACCAGUCACAUGUAAAUACACUGGACAAACUGCUCUCCAAUGGCCACCAAAACGAAGAUCAUGAAAUCCAACAACUCCGGGGAAAGACAGCAAUGAUCGAUCACUGCAUCCAGUACAACCACCGCUUCGACCUUAACACGCCAGCCAUCCUCGACAGUGCCUACAAAUCACAAGCUCUGCAAGUGUUGGAGAUGUGCCACAUCGCAACUACAACCAACACGGUCAACCAUCGGACUGACACCGACAACCUAAGCUGUGCGUACGCAAAUCUCUUACUCUCGAUCAAAGAUCGAAGAGAGAUGAGGAAUGCGUCGUCAAAAAAGAGUAGAACCGAACACACAACUUUAAAUAACACUCCCCCAACACAAACACAAACACAACCCCCCAUCGUACACCAUCUUUUUGCGGGAAACAGUUGAACCCAAAUAGCAGCCGCUAAUUAGCAAAAUAAAACAAUUGUAAUAAAGUGUUAGAGUAAAUUUAAAAAAGUGAGAAUAGAGCUAGAAUAGAUGUUUCAGACGCAGUGCAAUUCCCCCCUUUCGAACCUGACUUCCACACGUAGGAUAUUUUCUGUAACUGUACAAUCUGAUUAGUGUCGAGCCCUGAUGAAGAUCCCAACCAACCGGAUCGAAACGUUGGCGAUGACCCCAUAGAGAUCAGCGCUGUUUUUAUUGAGACUGCUAAGCCGAAACAAAAUCAAAGUUAUCUACACGGACCUCUCGUCUGCCUUCGACAAAGUAAACCAUCAAAUCACCGUUGCCAAACUUGAUCGAUACGGGUUCAGCGGCAACUUGCUUGGCUGGUUAGAAUCCUAUUUGCUGGGACGAACUCUCAGAGUGAAAAUCGGCGACGAAAUUUCCGAACCAUUUGUCGCUACUUCCGGAAUUGCCCAAGGUAGUCAUCUUGGCCCAUUGGUGUUCCUGUUGUAUUUUAAUGAUGUACAUCACUUGUUAAAAUGUCCUCGUCUUGCGUUCGCUGACGAUUUGAAGCUGUUCAACGAAAUCAAAAACGUGGAAGACGCUACUUAUCUCCAACAACAACUCAACAUAUUGCACGUUGGUGCAAGUUAAACUGUACUCAACCCUACAAAAUGCUCAAUAAUAACGUUUACUAGAAAACACCGUCCGCUACACUUCGACUACAAGUUAGAUGGGUCUUCAAUACAGCGAGUCGAUCACGUCAAGAAUCUUGGAGUCUUCCUCGAUACCAAACUGACAUUUAAGCAACAUAUAUCGUUUAUUGUUGCUAAAGCCGCUAGACAACUGGGACUGAUUUGCCGCAUGACGCGGGAUUUCAGAAACAUACAAUGUAUAACAACACUCUAUUGCUCGCUUGUUCGGUCCUCAUUGGAGUUCUGCUCUACUGUCUGGAUUCCUCACUACAAUAAUGCAAUCCACCGCAUUGAAAGCAUCCAGCGCCGUUUCGUACGCUAUGCUCUUAGAAUGCUUCCCUGGCGGCAACCCAUGCGUAACACCCGAUACGAGGAUCGCUGCCAGCUUCUCCAGCUCGUUACUCUUCAGCUUCGCCGAGAAACAGCUCGCGCCAUGGUAGUUUCAGAUGUUUUGACUUCACGGAUUGACUGCCCGACCAUUCUUCGCCUGAUCAACCUAAACGCGCCAUCCAGAACCCUGCGGAGGUCUUAUGCGCUGCAACUGCCUUUUCGUCGUACCAACUACAGCGCAAACAGUGCCAUCAUUGGUAUUCAACGAGCCUUCAACCGGGUGUCAUCUGCUUUCGACUUUCACUUAUCGCAUCAAGUUCUACGUACAAAAUUUAUAUCUCUGUUUCGUAAUGUUUUAUAUAUUAAUAACCAUUAGGA